AUGUCUAUCUUUGAAAAUUGUACAUUCUUUGUGUCGACUGAUGUCAAGAGCAAAAGUCAGUUGACGAAAACCAUUAAGGAGAACGGUGGUAACAUCAAUUUCCUCGUGACCAAACAGUGCACUCACUUUGUUACGGUGGAGCGUGAAUUCAACAAUCAAACGACCAACAUCAAGAAGGCAAACACCAUGGGUAUCCACAUCAUCAACGAACACUAUGUCACCGAUUGCGUGUCCACCUCGAAGCGACUCGACGAACAACCCUAUAAGUUCCUGUUGAAGCCACAUAUCAAGCUGUUCGACUCACAGGUCUCCUCGAGCGUAUACACUGCGCCAUCGCCAAAGAAAGUCGAACCGAUCGCACCCAUUGAGCUACCAAAGGUGUUUGCACCGAAACCAAAGGCUGCCGUUGCCAAACCAUCGUCGUAUUCCUUCUCUGGUACAGCCGCCACACCAUCAACAACUACCGGCAGCACCACUUCAACAACAGCAUUUGGUAGACGUAAAAUCAUUGAUUCCGAAGACUUUGGUUUGGAUCCACAAGAUCAAUUUACACUUCCAGUAUUCAAUCCAACAACAACUGCUACAUCAACAUCUCUAUUUGGCGCAGCACCAACUUCAACCUCUAUAUUUGGUAAACCAGCAGCAGUAGCACAAACAGUCUCUACCGCUACAUCAGCUCUUUCCGAGUUCCAAUUCCUCAAUAUCAAUGACAACAACAGCACCAACAACAAAACUCUUAGCUACGAGGUUAUGAUUCCAAAUCCAAGAACUAUUAAAUGUGAAUUGUUCACUUUUGGUUCACCAAAGGAACCACAAUUCCCAACCAAUUACAAAACUAUUAAAACUCAUACUCUCCAGUUUACAAACAUUGGUAAUAAUAAUAACAAAUAUUAUAUCUUGGAAUUACAUGAAGGUACCAAUCCAAAUGGAUCAGUCGUUUAUCGUUUAUAUACAAACUAUGGUAGAACAUCUGGAAAAGCAACAAAAGAAACAAGAUAUCCAAGAAAUUUCGAUGAUGCUCUCAAUUUGUAUUGUUUGAUUUACAAUGAAAAGACCUCUGAUAAGAAGGGUUACAAACCGGUCAGUCUUAACGCAGCCAAGAUCACUUCGACAUCUGAUCAAGCAGCUGCUUCGAACAACGCCAACACUCCAUCCAAUUUGCCAGAGGAAAUUCAAUCGCUUGUAAAGACUCUGUUUGCCGAGGCAACCACUCAUUUGACUAACAGUUGCUCUGCCAAUAUCACAGAGAAUGGAAUUGAAACACCGCUCGGUGUGCUCUCGAUGGAGCAAGUCGAGAAGGGUGAGAAGAUUCUCGAUAAACUCCACGUCGAGUUGAAGACUUCGAGACCGUUGGAAACUCGUCUCGCUCAACUCAGCUCCGAGUUCUACACUGUCAUUCCCCACAAGAUGGGCAGAACCAAGGCCGAUAUCGAUCGUGCCGUCAUCCGUAAUCUCGAUCAACUCAGUGCCAAGGUCGAUUUGCUUCAGUUGAUGAAGGAUCUUCUCAAGAUCAAUCAAUCCGGUGGACUGAGCGGUAGUAGUGCUAUCGACAUGAAGUAUCACUCGUUGAAGUCAGAGAUCACCUCGCUCCACUCGUAUUCCACCGAGUACGAGACAGUGUCGCGUUUGGUCAGUGACAGUCAAGGCGAUUACCCAGUGCAGAUCUCCAAUAUCUACAAGAUCAAUCGUCAGACCGAGGCAUCGUCAUUCAACCAGUCAAUCACACCAACCAAGCUGUUGUUCCACGGUAGUCGUCCUGCCAAUUUCGUCGGUAUCUUGUCUCGUGGUAUGUUGAUGCCAAAGGUUAUCGUUAACAACGGUGGUUCACGUACCGAUUUCGGUUUCUUGGGUGCCGGUAUUUACUUUGCCGACAAGUUCUCCACUUCCUGUUUGUACGCCGCUCCCACCGCCGUCGAACUUGAGAGUUCCAAGCCAUCGCGUUUCAUCUUGGUUUCAGAGGUCGCACUCGGUAUGACCAACAAACUCACCAAGAUCGACUCUACCUUGACCAAGCCACCAACCGGUUAUCAAUCGUGUCUCGGUGUUGCCAACAACGGUUACAAUCAAUCUGACUUUAAGGAUAAUGAAUAUGUUAUCUACAACACCAACCAACAGAAACAACAAUAUCUCGUUCAAUUCACAUUGGGAGACGGUGGUAACUUUACUGUUCCAACUGCUAAAGCAGAACCAGUAGCACACAAGCCAGCUAACACAUCUACCAUUGUUUCAAAGUAUGGAUCUGUUUAUCAACCACCAGCAACAGCAACACUAACAAAUCACAAAGUACCAACACCAGUAUCAACACCAAUCGCCGCCACUCCAGUCGCAGCAGCUAAGACAGCCACCACUACUACCACUCAAGUUUUGAAAACUAAAAUUCAAUCAAAGAAGGAAUUCGAGGAGUUCCCAGAGGAGACCAAAUAUCGUGAGAUGUUUGCCAGUUCCUACAAUGUGAACAAGGAUAAAUUCCUUGGUUUGGAGAAUGUAUUUGACGACGCAAAUUAUAAAAACAAAUCACCAUUGGAUUUGUCAUCAGAGUUUGUUGUUAUGCCAUUCGUUAGAGAUCAAAUCUACGCCACAUCCAACUCUAGAAUCACCGAUAACUACGGUCAGUUCCAAAUCAACUGGCACAAAUUCUCAAACGGUAUGUUUGAUCAUGAUUUCGAUUGGAGAAAUGUAUUCGUUGCUGGUGGAGCGAUUCUCAAGAACUCUCUGUUCAUUCCAAGCCAAUUCGAACAGAAAUGGGCAGAUUCCGAUAUCGAUAUCUUCUUGUACGACCUAACAGAGGCGGAAGCAACCGAUCGUCUGGUUAAACUCUAUCACUACUUCAAGGCUAAAUCACCAUCCAUGGAUGUCAUCAGAACAAAAUACGCAGUGACAUUUGUCAAUCCUAAACCAUCACGUAACAUCCAGGUUGUGUUGCGUAUCUAUCGUUCACCAGCUGAAGUACUCAUGGGAUUUGAUAUCGAUUGUUGCUCCAUUGGUUUCGAUGGUCAGAAUGUAUAUGCUUUGCCACGUGCUCGUCGUGCCAUUGUCAAUGGAAUCAAUUGUAUCUCUAUGACUCGUCGUUCUCUUACCUAUGAGUCGCGUCUCUUCAAGUACGCCAAGCGUGGAUUCGGUAUUCUGGUUUCAGAGUACAGUCGUGCUCACAUCAGCAAGCAAAUCUACUCCAAGCCAUUCGAGCAAUCGACAGGUUUAGCCAGAUUACUGCAGUUGGAGAACAGAUACGUCAAUUCUUUCAAUGGACACGUUCCACAAGACGACAAAUCCGACUAUGAUAACAUUGAGAUUCCAUACGCCGGUUACUCUGUGCACAGUCUCAUCAAUAUCAUCAACUACAAGGACAAGUCACAAUUCUUUGGUAAGAAGUUGAGUGAGUUCAGACACAGACAUAUUGCUGUUACCGGUUUCGAAACUGCCAUGCAAGGUAAGGCAUCGUGGUGUAAGAAAUGUAUGGCCGGAGACUUGCCAACUGGUGGUGGACCAGACGGUGGAGAGUAUGUACACGGUCCAAUUACCUGGGUCACCCAGAAUCCAGGUCGUCAGCUGUUGACCGGUUCAUUCCACCCGGUCAACGACGAACAAUGGGCUUCCAGUGCCUUGAGCACCACUCAACCAGAGCCGCUCACCAUCUCCACUAGAUACGACGCAAUCAGAGACAAUCCAAUCGUAUUGCCAGCGAAUUACUUUGCAUCACUUCCAAAGACCAAGAAGAUUUACAAUCCAGUAGUCGCCGAAACCAACAACGUCCUUCAUAUUGCUUGUGCCUAUGGUUCGCUGGAAACAGUCAAGUCGAUCAUCCCACAAAUCAGAACACAAAUCAAUAUCCCUUGUGAUAUGGGAUUCUACCCGAUUCACUAUGCCUGUAUCAGAGGAAGUGUUGAUUUGGUGAAGCUGCUUAUUUCUCAUGGUGCCAUCCCAAUGCUCCGCUCCAAGAAUUAUCAAAAGUUCAACUGUCUGAUUAUCGCUCAAUACUACAAGAACCAGAGUGUCGCCACCUAUUUGCAACAAAACUACCCAAUUCUAGCCAGGUUGAAGUGUAAAGUUCUGGGUCACUUCAAGAAAUGGAGAUUUGCAACUGAUCCAAAUAUUUCCACUUCACUGGCCAACACCAGUAUAUUCUCUGCAAUUUUGAAUGGUCAACCUAACGAUGUCGAAAGAUACUUGGCCGAACCCAAUUGUGUGUUGACUGAUGCCAUCGGAAACACUCUCUACCACUAUGCCGCUGUCAGUUACCAACCGGCGAUGAUGAUAGCUGCACUCGACAAACACUUUAAGGCCAACCGAAAGAUCACUCCGGAGCAAGAGAAUAUCUAUGGUCAGAGUGCCCGUUACUUUGCCACCAUGGUUAUGUGUUCACUCACUCCAAUCGCUUACCACUCGUCAUACCUCCUGACAUCAAGCUCCGUCAUGAGAGAUCUCCCACAAUUUGCAAAUCCAAAGCAAGUGCAAAUCAGGGGUCUCUACUCGAGCAUUCCAAUCAGAUUCCUCAACCUACCAUACCACCAAGCCUCGUCGUUGUUAAAUACUUCCAUCAAACCAGCAAGUGCCGCCGGUGGAAGUCCACCUUCGACACCAUCGUUUGCCAAACCCGCCCCCGCUUUUGGUGUCGGUGGAAAAUUCUCACCAUCCACCAACAACUCUAGCACCAUCGGAUCGGUCAACCUCUUUGGAUCGACAAGUCCAAAUAAACGUGAUCAUCAAUCACCACCAAGUUUCAAUAGUUCUUCCUUUGGACAACCCAGCUCACCACAACCAUUUAGUUUCGGUACAUCUUCAGCCGCUGGAUACGGAUUUGGUUCACCCACAGCCCAACCAUUUGGUAUCACAAACUCUGGAUUCGGUACCACAACCUCUGGAUUCGGAUUUGGUUCACCCACAGCCCAAACAUUUGGUACCACACCCUCUGGAUUCGGAUUCGGUUCACCUCAGCCUGCCUCAGGUGGUAUGUUUGGAGUGCCAUCCAACCAACUCCCUGCUUUCACCUUCUCACCACCAACCGCCAAUAUAUUUGGCGCACCCAUUACACCACCAAGCGCAGCAGCUAAGAAAACACCAUCGCCACUACAAGUACCCUCAACCCAAUCAUCUGAGUACCCUGAUUUCCUUCUUCCAGGUUGCCAACAAUUCGAUCAAUCAUCGCAAGUCGCAAAGGCAUUGGUAUUAAUCACAGCCGUAAAGAAGAGAUUCAACGACAGCGAUGUCCACAAACUCAGACUCAAAGCAAUCACAUUGGAAAUGUCAAUCUUUAACUGCAUUGAAGCAUACCAAUUGGAUAAGGACAUGGACGCACUAGUUGAAUCGUUCAAACUUUGUUUAUCAUUAUAA